UUCCUCCAAACCAGUUCCAACAAUAACAGCAACUCCUGCGUGCAGCUGCCUCGUUAGGGAGAUGUAUUUUUCCUUUUUCUGCUGAGGGAUGAAGCUUCCAAAUCUGUGUGAUGUGAGCAGGUGAGGAUGUCUGCUGACAAGUCCAAAUGAUAUUUUCAGGUGUUCUACUGAUCUUGGCACUGACAGAAGAGCUGGUGUUUUCUGUUCAGGUACUGUCUCCCACUGUCUCCUCCUCUCAGGGCUUCCCAAUGGACACUACCACUAUUACAGCCAUGGGAACAACACGUCACCACAAAGACCGCCAUGCGGCAGAGCCCCUUCCUACAUCUGCUCGUGCCAUCCCCCAUCCCAUCAGCCUGGCGGAGAAAGCCCUUUCCACCGGGCAAAAGCAAGCGAGCAGCCCUCGCGUCGGCAAAAAGGAAACAUAUCAUUUAUACAACCAGAGUGCUUUGUACUCGGGACAGACUCGCCCCAAGGGGAAAAUAUUCCAGGUUUUCAAAGGCAACUUCACAGAGUCCUCAGAGCCUUACCUAAAGACGACCCUGCACUCUCCCUUUCCUACCCUGAAGAGCCCUUUCACAGACCACCCUUUUCAGUCCCAGACCACAGCAUCCAGCGAUCCAAAUGGCACGGGGCUGGCAAGAACUACACACUCAGACCCUUCCCACCAUAACGCCUCGGGAAGCCUUAGGGAAGCAGAGCGAGGGGAUGGGGCCGAGCUAGUGGUGCAGGAGGCAGAUUUUGCCACCACAACUGCUGGACCAUCGACUGAUCCUGAAGCAGUGUCGGUGCCUUUUAAACCCACUCACUACGGCGUAUGGGAUAUGCUGAGCAAAAACAACUCUUGGGUGACCUUGAAUCUCAGUACAAAUGUCCCUCUGUUUGCUGGCCCUGGAUCUGCAACAGCAGCAGCGGGUCACUCGGUUCAGACCAGUUUUGAUGUCAGCGUCUCCUCCCCAGCAGUGGGAGACCCCAAGGGACCCGCUCCAACGCAGCAUGGUGCGGUGACUAAUGCAACCUUGCUGGGCAGUGCUCUCUCCGCAGCGCCUGCCACGAGGCUGUCCAGCUCCAUUUCCACGGCUGGCUCCACCGCUACUGGGAACUUCCUAAACAGACUGGUUCCUGCCGGGACCUGGAAACCCGGGGUGCAAGGAAACAUCUCCCAUGUCACUGAGGGCGACAAACCUCCACACAGAGCCACCAUCUGUCUCAGCAAGAUGGACAUUGCCUGGAUCAUUCUGGCUAUCAGCGUACCUAUAUCCUCAUGUUCAGUUCUGCUGACAGUCUGCUGCAUGAGGAGGAAGAAAAAGACAUCUAACCCAGAAAACAACCUGAGCUAUUGGAAUAAUGCUAUUACCAUGGACUACUUCAACAGGCAUGCUGUAGAGUUACCAAGAGAGAUCCAGUCCCUGGAGACAUCAGAGGACCACCUCUCUGAGCCGCGCUCCCCUGCCAACGGCGACUACCGUGACAGCGGGAUGGUCCUCGUCAACCCCUUCUGUCAAGAAACACUAUUUGUAGGACAUGAGCAAGUCUCUGAAAUAUGACCCCACAGCUGCCUGUGUAUUGCAGCUUCAUCUCUACUGUCUCCAGAUUAUAAAUAAAUAUAUAUAUAUUAUAAAUAUAACCUUUGUGUAACCCUGAAUUACAAGAAAUGUUUUCAGCUUUUCUUUUCUCCCUCAGAAUUGUCAGCCCCUUUUUUAUAAGUGUGGUAAAACUUUACAGAACAAACUGUGGCUUUAUAAAAUAAAGGUAUUUCUAAGCAAAA